AAAGGGGGCGGGGUUUAACAUGCAGGAUUUCCUGUCCUGUCACUUGAAAACAGCAGCACGGUCGAGGCUGUCUUGAGAGCUUAACUUGGCAAGCUAAAUCAGGAGAAAUGUGAAGACUACAUGCAGCGAACCGAAGGAAGAAGCACUGGUCCUCUGCAGCUGUGUCUUGAUGCGUGUUCACUAGCCAACCCGCCCAGCUCCCCGUGAGUCGAACAGGUAAAGGCCACCUGAGUUUAACUCAAUCUGUUCAUGGCAAGCCAAGCAUGGCUGGAGUCUUCUCUGCAGCGCUCUGCCAGUCUGGGCCUGGAGGUGCUGGAGCGGGCCUCCAGGCGGAGUGUAGACUGGACACGCACUGGUGCAUCCCAGAGCCCUGCUACUACAUAUGAAGACACACAAAUACCUGUCAAGGUGCCAAGAACACACACAGAAGCUGAUGAUAUCUUUGCAACCAUCGCAGAGUUCAUGGUACAGACGACUCAUCAGUGCAAGAGGUUUUACCAGUCUGGCUGUUGCCCUGAGCCCACUGACACUGAGAGAAACCAUGUGUCCAGGUUCCACUCACGGCCAGCUGUUGGGAUGACAACACCUGCACACUCAGCCAGACAACAUGGUCGUGUGUCAGCCGCGGCAGCAGGGGAGGACUUUGUGAUCGAGGUUUCACCGGGGACGUACGCGAUCACUGCCAGCAUGCCGGAGUUGGAGCAGCAGACUCAGCUGGUCAGCGUCAAAGCUGGAGAGAGUAUCAACCUCACCUUCAAUCUCUGACCUCUCGCCAGACCAAACCACUCGCUCUUCACAUAAAUACCAAAACUGACCAA